UCUUUUCAAAUCGACCCCUUUAGAACACCAAGGAAGUGGUCGGUCGGGGCAAUGGCGGUGCCCGCGGCUCACGAGUUCCACUGGCAGAACCUGGCACGCCUCUCAAGUGGGCGCGUGUAUCACUCUCUGGCCGAAGUCGGAGGUCAGCUAUACAUGCUGGGGGGCUGUGAUGCCACCGGACGAGCCACCACCUGCAUGGAGCUCUACUGCCCAGAGGUGGACCAGUGGGUGAGCCUGCCCCCGAUGCCCACGGCCAGAGCGGGCGCCGCCGUAGCAGUGUUAGGCAAGCAGCUUCUCGUAGUGGGAGGCGUAGGCAAGGAGCAGCACCCUCUCAAAGCUGUGGAGGUGUACAACACGGAGGAGGGCAAGUGGAGGAAGAGGAGUUCGCUGAGGGAGGAGCUGAUGGGGCUUGCUAUUACUGUUAAAGACGGCAGAGCCUUUGCUGUUGGUGGAAUGGGAGCAGACCUGCUGCCCAGAAGCGUUCUCCAGCAGUACGACCUUCGCAAGGACGUCUGGGCCCUUCUGCCACCCAUGCCCACCCCUCGCUACGAUGCUAGCAUCUGCCUUCAGGGAUCCAAGAUAUAUGUAGCAGGUGGGCGUCAAUGCAAGCGUUUGGUAAAAGCAUUUGAAGUUUUUGACAUGGACAGCCGCACCUGGUCUUCGUUACCCAGCAUGCCUUGUAAGAGAUCCUAUUCCGGGGUGCUGUGGGACAACACAGGGCGCCUCUGCUGGCUGGGAGGUCUUCGUCAAGGAGGUAUCCAUCAGAGCUCCAAGUUCACCAAGAAUGUCAGCAUCUUUGACACCAACCAGGGAUCUUGGUUGAAGUCUGAAGAAACCGUUUCCAUGAAGACGAAGCGGGCAGACUUUGUGGCAGCCAUCGUACGAGGAAGAAUGGUUGUUGCUGGUGGACUGGGUCAUCAGCCCUCGGUGCUGGAUACUGUCGAGGCUUUCCAUCCUGAAAAAAGAAAAUGGGAGAGUCUGGCUCCCAUGGCAACUCCUCGCUGCUCCGCCUCCAGCAUCAUGAUCCGUGACCGCCUGUUGGUGGUGGGGGGUGUCAAUCAAAUCCCGAGCUCCGCCCAUGAGAUUCUUUACGUGAAGGAGGAAGAGGUUGUUUAGCCGCUCUGUAGCCUGAGAAAAUUUGCCUUCAUCAUGACAGUAGACUGCUAAACACGCUUGCCUGUUUUAGAGUCUUUGAUAGGAAAAUUAUAUAAAAUCAAAUCCAAAGCACAAAGUCUCCAGCUAUAGCUCUCUCAUUGUUCUAUUCUACAGCACACACACACACACAGGGCAAAAGACAAUCCACUUGUCAAUCUGAAUACUGUAGACAAGCAUGUGAGAGUGUAAUUUAUAUUAUCUACGUCAUGUAUUUUAAAGUGACUAAGUAUUGGAUUCUGUGUUAUUCUAAAGAAAGUGUCUUCUGAGAUAUUUGCAGGGUAUUUUUGUAGCUUUACUUAAAACAGUCAGAUUGCUAUUGCUGUAGAUUUGUACUCCCGACUAUGGCCUUGAUAAUUCUUUCUGUUUCUCUCUCACAAAGUGAAGUUUAUAGACAAAACAGGUGCACCGUUGAGGUAGCCUAGUCAAAUUAGUCUUUAUGUCACCCUGCACUUUGUGAAUUGUGAUGUAUUGUAAUGAGCUCCUUAGGGUAUGAAUAUCUGACUGUUUCUCAGAAAUUUUCUGCUUCAGAAUAGCUUGUUGGAGAUUUAUCUCACAGUUUGAUCCAUAGAGUAGCUCUGGGGGACAUGCCAGGUAAUUUAUAAUAAUAGAUUGUGUAAUAAUGGGCCUCAUUUAUCAGGCUUUUAGUAAAGUUGUGUAAAUGAUUUCAUAGGCCAAACCGAACUAAAAAUUGUCAAACUAAAAAGUUUUGAAAAUGAAAAUGACAAAAUUGUGACUAAACAUUGAAAGAGCUCCAUCUAAGCGUGAUGUGCACAAAAUCUUCUAGUAAUGCAGCUCAGCCAUUGCAGCGCAUCAGCUACCAAAGACACAAAGGCGCUCUUGAGAGGAAGACACUAACUCUUCCUCCUGUUACAGGGCGCUGUUAAUUUUGUCCUCAUUAAAUGGCUAGUCUUGUUUGUCUUAAUUUAUGCUUUCUUUCAAGUCAAUAAUAUUUAAUGACUGAAUUGCACAAAAUGUUUAUUAAAUUUGUGUGCAAAUGAAGUAAAUGAGUUAAAUCGAUAUAUGUAAUAAAAUUGCAGUAGUACAUUGCCAAUUAUACGAUUUGAAGCCGACCAAUCAAGGUUCAGGGUAUGUGUAAAAGAAGCUUUCGUGGGAUACAAAUGUUUUUCCCAGCUAACUGGAUUUUUAUUAAUUCUUGUUUAAAUGCACCUGCAUAGGAUUUAUGAGUAAAUUUGUUCAUAUCCAGAUUGAUAAACGAGGCCCAAUGUGUUUAUGAUUCCAGGUUUUGGACUGAAAUGCAGAAUUUGAAGUGUUGCUCUUAGUAAAGAAUGAAGGUACCUGCUUUUUUAAUGUGUUAUGGGAGACAUAAUAACGAUUAUGCACCGUUAUGAGUCAGAUGAAAAAUUCACAUUUCCUGUCAGUAUUUGUUUUACGGUAAAACAACCACAGCAAUAAAAGUCCAGCACAAUGUAACAAAACAGAUUUUGUAGAAAGGACUGCAUCGUUGCAUUUCAGCCAUUAAACAAGCUACAUAGCUCAUUCAAGCCUUUGAAUCUUGCUUUACUUUUUUAUUUUCAGCAUGUUCACCUGGAUCUUGAAACCUGUGCUGUGUAAAGGCUUCACUUGACCUCCACUGCCCUUACUUUUGUCUCCUUUGAUUUAAUCAUAUCAGGUACAUGGCACUCUCUGCUUAAUCUUGGCAGGGAAAGUACUUUACUGUGAGUGAGAGGAGACUUCAAAGUCCUAGCCACGGGGUUUAUUUGUCUUUAUCGAUUUUCUUCCUGCCUUGUACAUUUUGCAGAGGCGAGUGCCUCAUGGUUACAGUGUCCCUCCCGCUCAGCCUUACAUUACAGGAGCUCAGCUAAAAAACACUACUGCGCACACUUAUAAGGCCGUUCGUCAGCUAAAUGAGCUUCAGGAUGAUGUAUGAGCCAGUUUAGCUCUAAUUAGGCAGUGCCACCGAAGCCAGAUCUUAAUGAAGUCAGAGUUCCACUUGCCGCAAGCUGAGCAGCUGGUUGAAAUAAGGAUCAUCUUGCCUAAUGUUUUUCGGAUUGAGUCGUCAGGGCUUACAGACAGUGUAUUUAACUCUGUGUAUAUGAUGAUGGCCAACUCAAGAGUGCAACUUUACAGAACACCACCCUUUGACGCAAGGCUUCAAGCUGUGAAUGUGCGCCUGUGUGUCUUGAGAGCUUUAUGAUUAAUUAAAUUAUGUCUAGAUUAUGGAGGAGUGAUUUAUUAUAGCCCUGAGUGUGUAGUUAUGUCAUGUACCACUUGGUGGCACUGUUACACAGUAAAUGUGCUGCAAUACUAUCAAACAUGAUCAAACAACAUUUUAUCUUUUGUAAAUAAAGGAUAAAUGUAAUAGCUGAAGGAAUAUUUUUGGAAAUAUAUGACAGAAAUAUAUAGGUGGAGGUCUAAAGACAUCUACUGUAUAGUAUAGUAAAUACAGUUGCAACACAAUAAUAAAUUCACCACAUAUAUGUACAGCAAAUAAAUAAUUAACCUGUUGCACAUUAUUAAACGUUAAAAAAUGUCCUGUAAGACCUUUAAUCAAAAGCAACAGCAUUUGAGUGGCUGCAUUCAUUUUUGCUGCCUCAGCUUUAUUCAGCCUGUUUGUAAAGGACAGUGGAAUGACUGGCAUAACUGAGAAUAACAAGCUUUUGGGGCAUUUUGAAAACCAAUAAGCUUUAUUAUUUUUAUUAAGGCUACUAUCUUUAAUAUUUUCUAGCUGUCAAUACUAGCCACAAUACUUUUAAUGACUUGUAAUUGCUUUUGCAGUGACGUUCAGCUUUAUGCUCUUACUUAAUGAUAGGAUGUGUUUCUAAUUUUUUGAUGAUAUUAUAGUUUACUUCAUAUGUGCUUGUUGAACAUCCCAUUCCAAAAGCAUGGCAUUAAUAUGGAGUUGGCCCCUCCUUUGCUGCUGUAGUAACCUCCACACGUCUGAGAAGGAGCAUGGCUGUGGCAAUUUGCCCAUUUAGCCACAAGAGCAUUAGUGACUUCGGGCACUAGUAUCAGACGAUGAGCCCUAGUGUGCAGUCAGCCUCCCAGGUCAUCCCAAAGGUGUUGAGUGGGGUUGAGGUCAGGGCUCUGUGCAGGACACUCGAGUUCUUCCACUCCAACCUUCACACACCAUGUCUUCAUGGAGCUCGCUUUGUGCACAGGCGCAUUGUCAUGCUGGAGCAGGUUUCAGCCUCUUAGUUCCAGUGAAGGGAAAUUGUAAUGCUACAGCAUACAAAGACAUUCUAGACAACUGUGUGCCUCCACC